UCUAAUCCUGUACCCGGAAAAGUAACUCUUUGACGUGUAUGCAUGGUACCGUGUGUUUCCGGUAUAGCGUGUGUUCACAGUUAUCCAGCCUUUUCCUCUUGGGUUUCAAUAGAACAGUCACUUUGGAUUCCCGGCUCCUUACUUGUUUCCCCCUAAACGGCGUAUCUAACUUUGUGGACAUGGCAUCAUCAGUUUCUGCACAGGCGAAUCCUGCUCCGGUUGCGGCGCUCCAGAGAGGAAUAGUCAAGAUGGUCUUGUCAGGAUGUGCAAUAAUCGUGAGGGGCCAGCCACGGGGAGGCCCGCCCCCGGAGCGUCAGAUCAACCUGAGCAACAUCCGUACCGGAGCGCUAGCUCGCCGCGCCCCCCAGAGCCAGCCCGACCAAAAGGACACCCCUGACGAGCCCUAUGCCUUCCAGGCCAGAGAGUUCCUGCGCAAGAUGCUGAUUGGGAAGGAGGUAUGCUUCACAGUGGAGGUCAAGACUGCUCUGGGCAGAGAAUACGGCAUGGUGUACCUGGGCAGAGACACCACCGGUGAGAACAUUGCUGAAUCUCUGGUGAACGAGGGCCUCGCCACCGUCCGCAGGGAAGGAAUCCGGGGCAACAAUCCAGAUCAGGCUCGACUGUGUGACCUGGAGGACCAGGCCAAGGCCUCCAAGAAGGGCAUGUGGACGGAGGGCGGCGGCACCAACACUGUACGCGAUCUCAAGUACAUAAUCGAGAACCCCCGCAACUUCGUUGACUCCAUGCACCAGAAACCUGUCAAUGCCGUCAUUGAGCACGUGCGCGACGGUAGUGUGGUCCGUGCCCUGCUCCUGCCCGACUACUACCUGGUCACGGUCAUGCUCUCUGGGGUCAAGUGUCCGACGUUCAAGCGUGAGGCGGACGGCACGGAGUCGCCAGAGCCCUUCGCUGCCGAGGCCAAGUUCUUCACGGAGUCGCGUCUGCUCCAGAGGGACGUGCAGAUCAUCCUGGAGAGCUGCCCCAACCAGGUCAUCCUGGGUACCGUCCUCCACCCGAACGGGAACAUCACAGAGUUGCUGCUGAAGGAAGGGUUCGCCCGCUGUGUGGACUGGUCCAUGGCCGUCUACACCCAGGGGGCAGAGAAACUCCGGGCCGGAGAAAAAUCUGCUAAAGAACGUAAAGUGCGUAUCUGGAAGGACUACGUAGCCCCCACAGCCAACAUGGACCAGAAGGACCGGCAGUUUGUGGCCAAGGUGAUGCAGGUCGUCAAUGCGGACGCCGUCGUGGUCAAGCUUAACUCUGGCGAGUACAAGACCAUCCACUUGUCCAGCAUCCGACCCCCCAGGAUCGAGGGCGAGGAGAAGAACAAAGACAAAGACAAGCGUUUCCGUCCCAUCUACGACAUCCCCUACAUGUUCGAGGCCCGCGAGUUCAUGAGGAAGAAGAUCAUUGGCAAGAAGGUGAACGUCACGGUGGACUACAUCAGAGCUGCCACCAGCUCCUCAGAGACCAGCACCAUCCCUGCCUUUGCAGAACGCACCUGUGCCACGGUCACCAUCGGCGGCAUGUGAGUACACCUAUCUGGACACCAACUUG